CACGGCCCAUCAUGUUCCGUCGAACCAUCCCUCCACUCUCUCCUCAACGUUUCUCCCUCCAUCCCCUAACGUCUUCCGUUCGACUACCCCUUAACGCUAACGUCGACCUAUGGCCUCUUCCGUUGACGAAGAGUUCUCUCUCAUCGACGACCACGAAACUAACCCCGAUCACCACUACCACCUAUCUUACGCGCCACCACCCGAUAAUCACAACGCCGACGAUGACUCCGACUCCGCUUUCCCCGGAGCCAAUUUCGGUAACACCACCACCAACAACAGCAGUAACGCUACCUCGUCCGACGCGCGGAUCGGGAAGAGGAGUAAUCAAGAAGAGAUAAAUGACGGAGCUUUGAAGAGAUCGAAGCAGUCAGCGUCGGCGGAGUACCGGAAAGACAGAGAAGAAUGGAGCGACGCCGCGAUUGGAUGUUUGCUGGAGGCUUAUAUGGAAAAACUGACGCAGCUGAACAGAGGGAAUCUGAGAGGACGGGAUUGGGAAAAGGUGGCGACCGCGGUCAGCGAGCGAUGCAAGAAGCAGAGCAAGAGUGUGGAGCAGUGCAAGAACAAGGUUGAUAAUUUGAAGAAAAGAUAUAAGCUCGAGAGGCAUAGGGUGAGUGAUGGCAGCAUCACGGCGAGUAAUUGGCCUUGGUUUAAGAAAAUGGAAGAAAUUGUUGGAAAUUCUCUGCCGGCAAAGGCCGUAGCUGAUGAAGAUAAGGUUAGCGCUUCUCCUGGAACUGCCGUUAGACGAUCCAAAAGAUAUGCUUUAGCUACACCGAGCCCUGUAGGACAGAUUACCGUGAAACCCAAAAGUCCUAAAUGGCGCAGAGUGGUAUUCAAAAUUAGCAGCGCAGCUCUUGCUUGCACUGGUCCUCUCAAUAUCGACCCUAAGGUAGCAAUGUUGAUUGCUAAGGAGAUUGCAAUUGCAUGCCGCCUCGGUGUAGAGGUAGCAAUCGUUGUUGGAGGUCGCAAUUUCUUUUGUGGAAACACAUGGGUUACUGCAACAGGCUUAGAUAGAAGUACUGCAUAUCAAAUUGGCAUGAUGGCAUCCGUGAUGAAUUCUAUACUACUUCAAUCAUCGUUGGAGAAGAUGGGUGUUCAGACCCGUGUGCAAACGGCAUUUUCUGUGCAAGAAGUUGCAGAACCAUACAGUCGGCAGCGUGCCAUACGUCAUCUUGAAAAAGGUAGAGUCGUAAUAUUUGGUGGCAUUGGUGCUGGCACUGGAAAUCCACUCUUUUCUACUGACACAGCUGCUGCGCUUCGAGCUUCGGAAAUUCAAGCUGAGGCAGUUGUUAAAGGUACGAAUGUAGAUGGUGUUUAUGACUGCCAUUCCCAGGACAACAAUGCUACAUUUGAGCACAUCUCAUUUCGAGAUUUAGUCUCAAGAGGCGCCACAGCCAUGGACAUGAUGGCAUUGACCUUCUGUGAAGAAAAUGGCAUUCCUGUUGCAGUCUUUAAUCUUCUUCAGCCUGGGAACAUCUCGAAAGCCUUAUGUGGAGAUCAAGUUGGUACGUUGAUUGAUCAAACUGGAAGGAUAAGCUGAUCUGAUUCAUUUCCGGUUGUUGUGACCGUUGAUAUUAGGCCCGAUACGGUUAAUGCUACUCUAGUAACAAGUACCCGGCAGUUCAGCCGCCGUGCUUCUACAACGAAGACUUCGAUUUAUUCUUGACCCAAAGAUGCUGCGGCUGUAACAUCUGGAGGCCAGGUUUCUAUUUUUCGCCUGCGAUGCCGACUUGAUCGAAAAUCUGUAAUUUCGUAUGGUGGAAAAAUUUAUUGUAUUUAAAUGCAUAAGAAAUAGUAUAAACUCAAAGAUGAUUACCGGUUUAUAAGAAGACAAUGUGAUACUGUUGAGGUUUUUGUAGUUCACUGAUAGCACUCGUAGUUUAGAAUUAGAGGUAGGAAGUGGUCAUAAGCUGAAA